UCCGAUCUUUUAUUUUCUUCUGCAAAUCGAAUUUGUCUCUUUCUCUCGAAGGUUUUUCCAUCACUUUCCUGAGAAAGUUUGACGAAUAAAAACUAGUUCCCCACUGAGUUCAAACAAAAUGAAAACGACAGCUCCAAUAACCAGUACUGCAACAACCGCCACCGCAUCUUCGAGGAGGAUAAUUGAUGUCCUUAAAACUCCAAAGUUUGUUAAAUUACUAGCCGUUGUUCUCCUCUCUGUUUCACUCGUUUUCCUUGUUACUCACUUAUCCUCCUCUUCUUUUCCCUUCUCUUCCUUCUCAACCGAUUACUCCUUACCAACUCCGCAUGCGUCGCCUCCGCUUUCCCCCCCUCCCCCUCCGCCGCCGGCAGUGCGAAGGACGGGGAUAAUAGACGAAAAUGGAACAAUGUCUGCUGAGUUCAUUGUCGGAGAAUCAGAUUCGAACUCCACGAAUAAUUCUACAGAGUUCGGUGUUGGAAACGAGGAAGGAAGAGAAGAAGAGAAAAGGAAGGGUGAGAGCGAUGAUGAAGUUAGGAUUAAGUUUGAGAAAUAUAAGGUGUGUGAGAAGAGUAAAGUUGAUUAUGUACCGUGUUUGGAUAACGAAGAAGCAAUUAAGCUGUUUAGUAAUAGUGAAAGGGGGGAGAAAUACGAGAGGCAUUGUCCUGGAAAAGAUAAAAUGUUGGAUUGUGUGGUUCCGACACCGAAAGGGUACCAAAGACCUAUACCUUGGCCUCAGAGUCGUGAUGAGGUUUGGUUUAGCAAUGUGCCACAUACUCGUCUGGUUGAAGAUAAAGGUGGGCAAAAUUGGAUAUCAAUAAAGAAAGACAAGUUCAUUUUUCCAGGAGGUGGAACACAAUUUAUUCAUGGGGCUGAUCAAUAUUUGAAUCAGAUUUCACAGAUGGUCCCUGAAAUUUCUUUUGGCUGCCAUGUCCGUGUUGCAUUAGAUAUUGGUUGUGGAGUUGCCAGUUUUGGUGCUUUUCUUCUACAACGCAAUGUCACCACUUUAUCAAUAGCACCGAAAGAUGUUCAUGAAAACCAAAUUCAAUUUGCACUAGAGCGUGGGGUACCUGCCAUGGUUGCAGUAUUUGCUACUCAUCGACUGUUGUAUCCAAGUCAGGCUUUUGACUUGAUACAUUGUUCAAGAUGUAGAAUUAAUUGGACUCGUGAUGAUGGAAUUUUGCUUCUCGAGGUCAACAGGAUGCUUAGAGCUGGAGGCUAUUUUGUCUGGGCUGCACAGCCUGUAUAUAAACAUGAAGAGAUUCUACAAGAGCAGUGGAAAGAAAUGGAAGAUCUUACCUCUCGCAUUUGCUGGGAGCUAGUAAAGAAGGAGGGAUAUAUUGCCAUAUGGCGGAAGCCUUUAAACAAUAGUUGCUAUCUUAAUCGUGAUACUGGAGCACUACCUCCCCUUUGUGACCCUGAUGUUAAUUCAGACAAUGUUUGGUAUGUUGACUUGAAGGCAUGCAUCACUCAAUUGCCAGGGAAUGGUUAUGGCUCUAAUGUUAACACAUGGCCUGCACGUCUUCAUGAUCCACCCGACAGGCUUCAAAGCAUAGAAAUGGAUGCCUAUAUUUCCAGAAAGGAAAUCUUGAGAGCUGAGUCAAAAUACUGGAAUGAAAUAAUAGACAGUUACAUACGUGCUUUUCACUGGAAAGAUAUGAAACUACGUAAUGUGAUGGACAUGAGGGCUGGACUUGGAGGGUUUGCAGCAGCAUUACAUGAUCUCCAGAUUGAUUGCUGGGUUAUGAAUGUUGUUCCUGUUAGUGGGUUCAACACAUUACCUGUAAUUUAUGAUCGUGGACUUAUAGGAAUUAUGCACGACUGGUGUGAACCAUUUGAUACCUAUCCAAGAACAUAUGAUUUAUUGCAUGCUUCAGGCCUUUUCUCCGUUGAGAAGAAGAGGUGUAAUAUGUCAACCAUCAUGCUUGAGAUGGACCGGAUUCUGAGACCUGGUGGACGUGUAUACAUACGGGAUUCAAUCUCCAUUAUGGGUGAACUUAAAGAAAUAACAACUGCAAUGGGAUGGGUGGCUGCGGUACAUGACACAGGUGAAGGUCCACAUGCAAGCUGGAGAAUUUUAAUCUCUGAGAAACGUAUGUAACUCGCUUGUUUGAUGAGCAUGGUGAAACCAUGUUUUAUAUGUCCACGUCUUGUGCACCUUUUGGACAUGCAUGAAAUCUCACACAGAAAGAAGCUGCAACUCUCCGAACAAAAAAGUGGUAAGAGCUGCAACGCGUUCCUCAUAAUUUAGUAUAAUCUGUUGUCUUAUGUACUCAGUGAACAUUACAGGUCGAUAUUACUAUAUUUAGCGAACAUAUACUAGUGGAUUUCCUUUUUCUCUUUUGUAUUCCAAGUGUAAUUUGUACAUUACAUAAUUUGCCAUUCAGCAUAUGUUGAAAGUGUU